UUUGGUAUCUGUGACUCAACGUAUGCACAACGGCUUUGAAAUGUUGAAAUACUUUUGGAUGAAACAAUGGUCAUUUCACUCGGAAAACACCCGGCGCCUAAUGAACACUCUGGCUAAACACUCGGCCUACGACAGCCGACACUUCCCGUUUGACGUAUCGGUGGUCGACUGGCCAUUACUCACUAAAAACUCAUGGUAUGGGGGCCGACGAUAUUUGCUCAAAGAGGAUGAUGAUAAUAUACCCAAAGCUAAACGCCGAUUGACCAAAAUUAUUUACGGCUACAGAAUAUUCCUGUUUCUAUGGUAUUCAGCGCUCACUUAUGUGAUGUACUUGUUGACUAAUAAAUUGGUGUCUACUGCAAGUGUGCCCAUACAUGCGAUCGACAUGUGGCGAUCAUAUGAUGUGGACAUUAUA